UGGCGCGAGAAAAUCAGCCGACAGGAAAGGAAAAUGGCUUCCAAGCGCCCGCGAACGAUGGAAACCGAAUACGAACAAGUAGGACAACAAUAUGCUCCGAUGAUCAAAAGAGCUGAAAGCUCGUUGGUGAAGUUUAAUAAUUCGCCGGUGGUCGUUUUUGCUCAUGGAGCUGGCGCUCCUUCAACUUCCGAGUGGAUGAUCAGAUGGAGGAACUUGUUGGCCGAUGCUUUAAAUGCUGUGGAAGUAAUAACUUUUGACUACCCAUAUGGUAGAAGAAAAGCUCCUCCCAAGGAAGAAAAACUGGUUGGUUUUCACUCAGAUAUUGUAAGAAAGGUUGCUGCCAAGUACCCAGAACAUCCUUUGAUUUUGGUUGGAAAAUCCAUGGGUUCAAGGAUCAGUUGUAUGGUAGCUGCUGAGAAUGAUAUUGGGGCUUCAGCUGUAGUUUGCCUGGGGUACCCACUAAAGGCCACAAAGGGAGCAGUUCGAGAUGAGCCCCUCUUGCAACUUACGAUUCCUAUUAUGUUUGUACAGGGGAGUAAUGAUGGCUUCUGUCCGCUGGAACUGUUGGAAGUGGUGAGGAAGAAGUUGAAAGCUAUUAAUGCUUUGCAUGUGAUUGAAAAUGGUGACCAUUCAUUUCAAAUUGCGAAGAAAAAUCUUGAGUUAACCGGAAUGACUCGUGAAGAAGCCGAAGCACGUGCUGUUGAAGCUGUUGCAAUGUUUGUUUCAAGGAUCAGUGGUGAAAAGGUGAAUGCUGGGCCCAGAGAACAAUCUGAAAUGCAAGCUGAAGUGGAAUCUCAAGUAGAAGUUAUAUUUGAAUCUCAAGUGGAAGUGGAAUUACGAUCGAAGUUUAGCCCAAAAAGCAGGCCAACGGCACUUGAAUCUCAAGCGGAAUCACUACCAAAGUUCAUCUCAAAAAGAAGGCGGCCAAGUGAAAGGAUAAUUUUGAACAAAUUACGGAAGAACACUGUUGAGCCGGACGGAGAAGGUAGCAAUUGUGAAAAGGCGAUUCAACUUGAUUAAAGACAUCAGUUUAAUUACAGGUUAUGAUUUGGAUGCUUUCUUGUAAGACAUUUAAUAUGAAGCCAAGUUUCUAGUUUCUAA